CCCCACUUUCAUUGCCUGCCCCUGCCCCUCGCCUCCACCGUAAUCAAAUUUUCUUGUUUUGGUUUGGUCGGUCCCGGCUGCUUAUCAAUUUUCGCGUGGAUUUUAGCCGAUACACGUGCCAAAUGAACAACAUAAUAGACGCUCUAACGCAAAUUGGAUUUACUAAUGUGGACACAAAUUAUGUGAACGACAUCUUGAGUGAUGGUCCCAAGUCAGUCAAGUAUACGCAGCUGGUUGAGUGGUUGUCAAAGGAGCUGGGGUCACUUUGUGCUCUAGAUGAUCAUGUCAAUGCCAUUGCUUCGCCGGAUGACUCAAGCGCAUUUAUGCUUGAGCUUAGUGGAUUUCUCAAAGAAAUUGGUUGCAAUUACAAGUCGCUGACAGAGGGCCACAUCAAUGAUCGUCUCAACUCGCGUGAUUCACGGUUGCUUCUCCUUGAUUAUUUGAUCUCGGAGGUUGAGGCUGCAAGAAUGAUGCGAGCACACUGCCCUGAGGAAUCAAAAACUAUGUCUAUUCACUUGCAAGAAAGUAGCGUUGCGGCUGAUUUAAAGAACAUGCUAAUAACAUUGAAAUUCGCCAAGCCACCGGACAACAUAACACCAGAAGUGCUGUUUGGAAAAGUGCAAGCAAAGUUGAAGGAAGUUUUAAGUAAAGUGCCUGAUGAUCUCCUCCGCAAACCACUAUUCACUGGCGUACUCACUGACAAGCAGUGGUUUCGUCUCGCAAAAAUACAGACUGAACUUCACACCGAUUACACAAUCAGAAGAGAAAUGUUGUUGAAACGAUUGGAUGUCACCGUACUAUCAUUUGAGUGGUCAGACAAAUUGAAGAGCAAAGCACAGGUCAUCACUCAGUCUUACACGCCAAAACGGCAAGCCUUAACAUUAGAGCCGAACAUCAGUAUUGCUGAUGUACUAGCCGCCAGAGAUGACUUGACUAUAAUUGAGAAAACAUCCAGCGCCAGUGUGCGCCGCAACACUCAGUCCUCAAUCAACAAAGUAGUCAUCGGCCAGGUUCCAGACCGAGGUGGGCGCCCACAUGAGCAGCAACCACCACCGCCAGAAAUGCCAAGCUGGCAACAAAGAUCUUCUGCUCCUGGUCCAAGCUCAGUUGGAGGAACUGCAUCAACGGGUGGUGGCAGUAAUAGGGUUCAAGCCGGUUGGAAUUCUGGAGGCGGUCAAAGGCAAACAGGAGAUAACUACCAGAACAGUCGCCCGGCUGGAAAUCAAAUGAACCAAGAGUCGAGGAGCACCUAUCAUACAGAUAAACCAGCAUACCAGGACAAGGGUCCAGGAAACUUCCAAGACAACAGGAUAGGCUAUCAAGACAACCGAGGUGGCUACCAAGACCAAAGAGGUGGUUAUCAAAACAACCGAGGGGGUUACCAAGAUCACAGGGGUGGAUAUCAAGACGGACGGAGUUAUCAAGACAGUCGCGGCUAUCAGGACAAUAGAAACUACAGAGACAACAGAGGCUACCAAGAAACUAGAGCUUACCAAGAUAACAGGGGCUAUCAAGACAAUCGAAGUAAUUAUCAAGAUAACCGAGGAGGCUAUCACGACAGUCGCGGUGGGCAGAGCAAUCGAGGUGCCCCUCAACCCUUCCAGAACUCAACUAGCAACCGAGGGACGUACCAGAAUAGUAGGGGCGCCUAUCAGGACAACAGAGGCGCUCAAAACAAUUACCAAAACUUUGCUCCUAACCAUCAGACUGGCUACCAGUACAGUAACUACGGAGACGCGGCUGUUUACCAAGAGAGGAAUAACUUCCAAGACCCUAGGCAGUACUAUCAAGAAACCAAAGGUUAUUCGGAAAAUAGAGAGGGAGAUGCUGGACGAGGUGGAUUCAACUCUCGCGGUGGACCCCACAGUAGAGGCCGUGGUCGGGGUAGAGGAAGGGGCGCUUACUAGUCGUUUUUUUUGUUCUGUGUUUGUUCAGAUCUUCCGUUUCCUGUUGUUAAUUCUUCCUUGAGAUCUCUCUCCAAUUUCAGGGAAGAUUGUUAUUCCUCAGAUAAAAAUUUACAUUUGUUUGUGGGCUGCACAGAAGUUAUUAGUAUUUAGAAUCUUACGGAGCUUUUAACGAUCAAUCCUCUUUUCCUGGGUAAUGCUAGUAACUUUUGCAGUUGAUUUUUGAUGAUCCCUGUGAAAGAAUAUUGUCUGAUAUCAAAGAGAGAGAAGUGCUACCAACAAGAUAAAUGGUUUGAUUGCAUGAUAGUCUCUUGAUAAUCAGCUAAAAAAAAUAAAACAAUAUGUAAUUUUAAAAGAGGAAAAGUAAUAACUUUGAUGAAUCAACAGUACUAUGUUUUCUCUCCUAGUGCAUCUUGUGAAAUCAGCCACUUGUUUUAAAUUUUGUAUACAAGUGCAUAAAGUUGUAUUUACUUUGGAUUUGUGUAGUUUUGUUACCUAAGCAAUGCCCAUCGGUUUGUUUCAUUUUCAUCCAUUUUUAAGUUGCUUUUUAUUACGGGGGGAAAAAAUGAGACUUUUUGUGUGUUGUUCUAGUUUUUUUAGUUUCAAAAUAAUAUUCCAUGUAACUAAUUGUGAGAUGAAAGUAUUUAUCAAUCGGAACAAAGAGGCACACACAUCAGAAAAAUAUUGACAGAUUAGAAUGAAAAUAUCGGUGAGGAAUUUUUUUAAAACAUUAUCAAGAUCCUCCUCUUAAGUUUUUAAACUACAUGUGAAAAUACUGGAAUUUUUUGGCUGCAUGUAUCAAAUUUUGUGUACUUAGUUCACACGAUGAAAUAGAUUCAAACUGUGGAUAAAUUUCCCUUGCUUUUUAAUAAUUAGAAGUGUGUAAAAUUGUUGUAUUUCAUCGGCAAACGCAUCAGAUGGAAGAGUUUCAUAUUUUUCAGCUUUGCUGUCAUUUCUUAAGUCUGAUUACCUAGUUCUUCUUACGGCAAUUUUUUGUUCCAACGAUGUGCCUUAAUUCCAGAUCUAAGUACAUGCAUGGAUCACCAUGAGAUGGUGUAAUUUUUUAUUACCAAGUUCCUUUUGUACACCUUAAGGUAUCUUGUCGAGUUUUACAAACACAAUUCUUUGCUGCUGUCAUACUUGCCGUCUACAACAUGAAAAUUGAGAUAAACCAUGAAGGGGAAAAUCUUAUAUAUUCUUUUGUUAAGCCAAAAAUCAUCAAGUAUUUUGGGAAAAAAAUUCCUCCAAAAGGAAUUCUGUGAUAAAAAAUUUAUUUAACUGCCGGUGAAGCAGUCCCACCAUUUUAAUUUUUUGUUUGUAAACCAUCUAUGUAAGAAUUAGUAACCACCUUGCUCAGAGAUAGGUGUCUUUAAUUUUCUGGCUCCAAUGGGAUUCGUCUAAAACUAUAAAACCUUCUCUCUUGGAUAUCGACCAAUUUAAAGUACAAUACAACUAAUUCCUUGCAGUGUAACAUCCUAACAAAAUUCAAAAUCUUGUUUUUAAAAGUUUACUUCGAGAUUUCUCUUAAAAUUCAUGAGUGCAGUCAAUUUUAGCUUGCAAAAUUUUUUUUUUGUAAUCACAAAUUAAUUACGUUCAAUCACUGUAACAUCUGGCAUCUGGUUAUUAGGGCAAAAAUGUAUUUCUUUUAUUUCCUGUAUGUUUUCUUACCUUUUUGUAAACCAUUAUAUACGCCGCAUAUCUCAGGAAAACCAAUGGUUUAGAAGUUAUGAGCCUGUUUUUAAAGUGUUGGCCUGAAUACGAUAAAAUUGAGAUAAAAUUUUCCUCAUGGCGCUUUUCAGAUAACGUAGUAUGUGCGAAAGUUAAAAGAUCAUACAUUUUCUUGCUAAUACUAUGCCAUACUUCCAUGAGAAUCAGAAUCUACAAAAAAUUUGAACUGAAAUUGAUGCCACAUGGUCCAAAAUUAACUCAUCUGAUACAGAGCCAAGAUAGCUUAACAUCAUCUCCCACAUUCUCCCCUAGGUGGCUUCAAUUUUAAACGUCUGAGUACCGAAAACCCAUGAAUUCUGUGCGCAGUACAAAAUGAACAGAUGUCUGCCCAAAUAAAAAGACCAGAGUUCGUUAGUAGGCAUGGUAAAAUUUAAAAAAUGAACAACGACAUCACUAAAUCAAAUAGAUUGGACUUUUAAUUUUUAAUGAUUACCGAAAGCACAUUUUACUAUCUUCUUCCUGAAAAGAAAAUUGCUCAAAGCAUUUCUCAAUAUCAUCGUUUGCUCACAAGAUCCAAAAUUUCAAAGUCUAAAUUUUUCCCAGAAAUUCGUUUGAGGCCUUGUAAGCCCUCACUGAAGAUGAACACACUUGAAAUUGGUUGAUAUCCAGGGAAAAGUGGAGGUUUUUCUAAUUUCAAAUUUCUUGUAAACAUUUAACACUAUUAAAAUUAAAGUUUGACUGAAGGAAAUUAUUUGUAGGCUUUUUAGUUUUUAUCCCAUUAGUUUGUGGUAAAACUUAAAUGAUAACAAAAACCUCCCGGUUUUGAAAAUGUUCAUUCUCUCCCAGUACAGUCCAGUUGAGUUCGUAGUUGUAAUAGCUGAACAUCACCUAGUUCUUGCUCAAUUUUACCUCUCUUUCAGAAGUCAACAAGCUCAUUUUCACAACGGCACAAUUAUGUCCUCUUUUGAUAAAUGGUCUUCAAAUUGCUGACCCUCUGUUACUCUGUCAAUCCCCUCCAGAAACAUUGGUUCAAUUAGUGUUAAUUUUGUUCCUUUUUUUUAAAUUAAGCCAUGAAAAAGUUUCUAAGAAUUUGUAAGCUGGUGAAAUGAUUUGCUCCAACAUGAACAGUCCGUAUGAGAGAGUAGGCACUCUUUUAUAUUUUUAACUGACAACCACUUUCUUGGUCCCUGGACGGAGUACUUUGCUUUGAUGGAUCAGUAUGUACUUCACCUAAUAUGAAGUACUUGUCAUCUGUUAAAAUUAAACUGCAUCAAAAUGAAA